GCCCAUUUGGCCAUAUUUUACAAGUCCAAUCUGCAUCCUCCUCACACAAAGCUGCACUGCAUGCCGACGGGGAGCAGAGGAGCAGGCGCCGGACCGGCCGGAGCUGCUGCACCCAUAUAAACCCCAUCGCCGGCAGCGCAGCGCAUCGAUCCAUCGACCGGGGUCCGGCCGGUAAGCAGAGAUCGAGGCCUGCCAUGGCUUCUCCGAGCUCCAUGGCCGCGCUGCUGCUUCUGCUGCUGGUGGUGGCUGCGUCAGCGGCGGAGGCGGCGGCUGGCAGCACGGUGGUUGCCGGCAUGGUGUUCUGCGACCAGUGCAAGGACGGCGCCCGCGGCCUCUUCGACUACCCGCUCUACGGCGCCCGGGUGGCGAUCCAGUGCGGCGGCGGCGAGACCCCGCUGACGGUGCGGGAGUGCAACACCAACUGGUUCGGCGGCUUCUCCGUGCGCAUGGAAGGUUCGCCGGACAUGAACCGCUGCACGGCGCGCCUCAUCCAGGGCACGCCCCACUGCCCCGGCGGCGGCUCGACAGCGGCGCCCCAGCAGCGGGACCUCACGCUCGCCUUCCGCAUGCUGGGCCUCGCCCUCUACACCGUCCAGCCGCUGCUCUCCCACCCCGACCACCCCAUGGACUUCUGCCCCGCCGCCGCUCCUCCUGUUCCCGAUCCCACCGCCGCCGCUGCCGCACCGUCCUCGUAUGCCCCGGUUGCUCCAGUGUCGUCGCCGCCGCUUCCCUUCUGGCGCCGUCCUCGUCCUCGUCGCCUUCCCCCCAUCUGGCGCCGGCCUCCCACGAUCCCGCAGGACCGGCCUGGCCUGCCGGAGCCGGAGACGAAGCCCAAGCCGGCGGACGCGCAGAUCCCCACUCCGCCGCCAACGACCCCCGUCGGCUCCGCCUGCACCUACGAGUACCUCUUUCUUACCUCAUUCUUCUUCUGCAGAGGAAUCAACAUAGCUAACAUCAUUGUUUCCAUGGACGACGAUGGAAUUUGCGAGCAGCAAGUGGGCCGAGGCGGAGCAGCGGUGCCACUGGAAGGUGGUGACGCCCAACACGACGGUGGCCAUGGCGUUCGGGCCCCUCGCCGCGCAGAGGUACGGCGCCGACCUCACGCUGCGGGACGCGCUCGACGGCCGCGGCGACAUGUACCGCACCCUGCUCCGGGAGGCCACGGCGGCGCUGCUCAACGCGUACUACAACCCGCCCGUUUCCUCGUCGUCGUCGUCGUCGUUCCUGUACCCGACCACGGCCAGCGUCAUCGACCACCUCAACGGCGCACUCCUCAGCGCCUCCACGCAGCGGGUGCUCAUCGAGGGCGCGCGCUUCCGCCGCGCCAAUGCCGGUGGUGGCGGGCCGGCCGGGCGGACCAAGCUGCCCUGCGACUUGACGCCCUGCAAUACCACCACCACGAGCUAGCUGCCAGCCCGGUUCUUAGAUGAGACCCAUCAUCAUUAGCAACUGAGAACUACACUAAUUAAUUAACUAGCUAGGAUCGAUCAAAUUAGCCCUGCAUUAUCCAUUCAUCAGUCUAUUCAAAUGUACGUCCAUCGGGCUUAGUAGCUAUAUUAAUUCGUGAUUGAAUUGCAUUGCAUCCAACAGAGCAGAGUAUUCAAAUGUUCCUUCCUUGUUCGACUCGGAAAUGGAUUCCAUCCAAGGCUAUACAUAUAUACAUAUGUGAUCAGAGCCA